GUUAUCUUGUUUUUUUUUCUAUUUCUUUUCAGAAUCCGGAAAAUGAAAUACCAUAAUAAAUUUUUAUUUGUACUUUCAUUUGUCGUUGUAACAGCCGUUGGUACUUUAUCCACAGACUGGCAUUUCAUGGGACCAAAUAUUGCUUUACAUAAACCAGCUGUUCAAAGCCCUGGGACAUUUGAAAAUUAUUCAGCAAGUUUAGUGGUAGACGGUAAUGAAAACAGUGACUUUAUCUAUGGCAGUUGUAGUCACACCUCGGGUCUUAGUUAUUAUGAUAGAAACUACGGUAAUGCUCAGUGGAAAGUUGAUCUUCGCGGCUCGUUUAAUGUCUCUGGUGUUAUCAUUGUUAACAGACGUGAUUUGAAGUAUCGUCUUGACGGUUUUCAAGUGUUUGGAUUUGUUUCAAAUGGUAUGGGAUGCAUAGACGGCUGGUGUCAGCUCUAUGAUGAUAAAGAACAUAACAAGUAUAAUGAAGACGUAAUUGAAAUACCAGUGGACACUGUAAUUUUGUUUUCGUCUGUAGCUAUUAUCUUACCAAAGCGCAGAUCGCAAACGGAUAAUGAUAAAAUUUAUUUGACACUUUGCGAAGUUAAGAUAUAUGCAGCUCCACCAACUGUUUGUGAAUCUAGUGAAGUGUCACAUGGAGGAUUGAAGCCAAACAAGCCAUUUUUCGAAGUCAGUACAGUUGCUACAGUUUAUUGUGAAUACGGUUAUAAAGCAAAGUAUCCAACUAUUACUUGUCUGAAAACAACUGACAAUGGGGCGCGUUGGAAUGUAAAACCCAAGUGUGUCGAAAUUAAAUGUGUUAUACCAGCAAAUCCAGCUAAUGGACUAUAUACCAUAGGCACUAAUACGAAUGUACAGAAUCUUACGGUAUUUAUUGGAACAAGUAUAUCGGGAACGUGCUUGAAGGGAUAUGACAUAAUUAACGGUUCAACUAGAGUAUGUCUAAACAACACAGAAUGGAGCGGUAAACCAUUUGUAUGUAAGAUAAAACAGUGCUCUGAUCCAGAACGUAUAGCAAAUGGUGAAUACAGAUUUGCAAAUGACAGUGUUUAUAGUAAAUGCCCUUUAAAUUACAAUUCAAAGAUAUAUUUGAUUUGUAAUAUAGGCUAUACCUUUCAAGGCACCAAGGAACGACUAUGCAAUGACCAGAAAAUGUGGACAGGAAAUGCAAAGUGUAAAAUCAAUACAUGCAAGUCUCCGGAAAAUCCAGCAAACGCAAUGUAUAUAGAGAAAAAAAUCAAUGGCUCAUUUGCAAAAUAUACGGGUGGAGAACUAAAUUACCUUGAUAUGAUACGUGUUCAUUGUAAUACUGGACACGUGAAUAAUGCUUCCAUUUCUGUGAUACAAUGUUUAGAAAAUAAAUUGUGGAGUGGUGAAUUAGGCCAUUGCAUUCAAGUUACUUGUCGUGGUCUUGAACAACUAAAAGACGGCUUUUAUAACUACUCAAAAGAUGCAUUAUCUAGCGGAUAUCCAUACAAAACAAUUGUUACUGCAGCUUGCAAUGACCGUUUUAAACUAUCGAAUCCUAACAACAAAAGCAGGACAUGCACAAUGUAUGGGAAGUGGGGCAGUGAACCAGUUACAUGCAUGCGAACUACAGAUACUUCUACAGAUACUGCUUCCCAAAAUACGAAUGCACCAUUAAUAGGUGGUGUGUCUGCCGCCAUCGUGCUGGUUUUAAGUGCAAUUGUAGCGGUUGUUUUCAUUUUAUAUCGAAGAAGGAAGAAAGACGAUAAAAUUGGAAAGCCAAAGCCGUAUGCACAAUUGUGGGAAAUAAGCAGUAACGAUAGACAUACUUCAAAUUCAGAAGAAGAUGUUUAUACGGAGAUCCAAGACACGAGUGUCAAUACCACAACUGAUUCUCCACAACGUGAUGGAACAUACAGCUAUGUAAAGGAGAAAGCAAACACAAAUAUUAUGAAACAUUCUGACCAAAAUUUGGAUUCAUUUAAGUCAGAAUCUUACUACAGCUUCACGAAUGUCAACAAUGUUCCUAAAACAGCAAUACUUGUUAAAGAUCUUUGUGACCUGAUUUUGACCGGUUUUGAUGCCAAACGGAAAUUUGACCAAGAGUUCAAUGAACUUCCUCAAGGAAUGGUUCGACCUCACAAAGAAGCAUUGAAAAAGGAGAACAUAAUUAAAAAUCGAUACAUGAAUCUCUAUGCGUAUGAUGACACACGAGUUGUAUUAAAAACUGACGAAGCAUCACAGUCGGAUUAUAUAAAUGCCUGUUAUGUGCAUGGUUUCACGAAGCUUAAACAAUAUAUAGCAUCACAAGGACCGACGAAGGAAAUAUUAUUGGACUUUUGGAGAAUGAUAUGGCAGGAAGAGAGCUCAAUGAUUGUUAUGCUUACCAAUCUGAUAGAAGAGGGGAAGGAAAAAUGUGAGCAGUAUUGGCCAAACGAAGGAACCAGUCAUAUGUUUGGAAAUAUUAAAGUACGCACAGAGAAAAUUGACAAUUUCUCACAAUUUGUGAAAAGGACGUUGCAAGUGAAAAAGGAAGGUUCGAAACAAAAGCCACGGACAGUAACACAGUAUCAUUUCACUGCAUGGCCAGACAAAGGUGUUCCCAAAAAUGCAUCUUCACUUGUACAAUUCAUGAGUAGAUUAAAACAUGACAUAGUCGAACAGAAUGGACCCAUUGUUGUGCAUUGCAGUGCUGGUGUGGCAAGAACUGGAAUAUUUAUUGCUCUUGACUUCCUGACAGAGCAAGGGAAAGUCAUGCGUUAUAUUGAUGUGUUUGGAACCAUCACUGCGUUUCGGUCACAGCGAGUAUGCCUUGUACAAACUCUGGACCAGUAUAUAUUUCUGCACCAGGCCCUUAUUGAAUCUUUGAUGCUUUCCACAUCGGCACUACCGGCCUAUAAAUUUCAAGAAGCUUUUAAGGAAGUCAUUCAGUUGGACAAAGAAAAGAAAAAGUCGAAUUUAACUCUAGAAUUUGAGACUUUAAAGAAAGUGUCUCCGGUGGCCGACGAGGGUGACUACGUUUCAUCCAAACUUGUCAACAACAGGCGGAAGAAUAGAUAUUCCGACGUACUUCCCGUCGAAGAGUUUAUGCCAUCAUUGCUGUCAACAUCUUCAGAUAGUGACAAUAGAUAUAUAAAUGCUGUAUUUCUGCCGAGUUACAAAGAAAGAAAAGCCUUUAUCAUAACACAAACACCGCUGGAAACCACAAAAGAAGACUUCUGGGAUCUUAUUUGGGAACAUGAUGUCCACACUGUCGUUAUGAUGAACAAUAUUAAAGAAACUGUGGAUUCUGAGAAGUAUUGGCCUGAGAAAGGUGAAUCGUUUACAUUUGGUAACAUAGAGAUCACCGAAGAUGGUGUCGAAACGAAGAACCAUCACCAACUUGUAUCUUUGACAGCAACGAAGCAAAAAGUGACCCGUAAGAUCAAACAGAUUCGGUGUGGGGGAUGGUCCUACAAUCACAGUUUACCAGACUCCCCAGAUGUUAUACUAACACUGUUAGACAUUGUUAAAGUAUGGCAGCGACAGUCUGGUCAUCAUACAAUUGUUGUACAUUGCAUGAAUGGUGUGGACAAAAGUGGUUUGUACUGUGUGAUAUCAGCAGUCAUAGAACACUUACAGAUCGAGCAGGACGUGGCAAUAUCCCAGGUCAUUCAAGAAAUGAGGAACGCUAGAAAACAGAUUAUACCCUCUGUGGAACAAUACAAGUUUUGCCAUGAGACUGUCCUUGAAUUUAUACAUCAGUUUGAUAGAUAUUCAAACUUAACUUAGUGUUAAUGAAAUGGUGGUUGAACACUGACGAACACUUGACAAGAAACUUUGAAUUCAAAUACAUUUUUGAAUUAUUUAAUAUAUAUGUAUAUACGUAUAAUGCCAUUUGCAUUUCUUUAAAAUAUAAGAUUGUAUUUUAUUUCUUUAAAAGAUGUUACUAUUACCGAUCAUAGUUGUAUUGGAAAUGAGAUAAGGAAUC